GGACAUAUGUUAGUCAUAGGUUUAAUGCGUUUGUUUUGAAUGUGCUUAUUGUAAUUUCGUGUGAUUAUCGCAGCAGUGAUUACGCUCGUAUAAAUCCGUUCGAUUUUAAAUAUGAUCUGCAUGUACAUUAACCUAUACUUAAUUUAUUGUACAUCUCAAAUUUCAGUCCGACCAGUUUUGUGAAAAGAUUCAACUGAUUCGUUUUAAAGAUCCGGCUCAAAUGAACGAAUCGGAUGUCGCUCUGCAGAAGCGCACAGACAGAGAAAGAGAGAGAGCUGCAGGAAAAGGGAACAUCACGCACGGGGUGUCGUUGUGAAAGCAGUUGUUCCUCUACGUCCAGACACCCAUCAAAACUUAUUUUUACACAUUAUUUUUAACGAGAUCCACCGCACUUACCCGAGCGUAACGUUAUACAACACAGCGUGAAACGGCGGUUUCCUGCACGGAGGAUUUAAUGGGAGUCUUGCAUCGAUAAAGCGCUUCUCCCCCCCUUGACGGACACUCGCUCGGACCGAACCGGACUCGGGCGCUGUCCUCACCGGGGGGUAUCCGAUCCCAGUUAUAUUUUGACUGCGAAAAGAACACUCCGGAGUCCGAAUAUGGCAGGAAAUCUGAAGAAAGGUGGAGGGCUUAUUGGCUUGAUGAAGGACGCUUUUCAGCCUCACCAUCAUCUUCACCACUCCCAUCACCAGCCCGGAGCCGUGGACAAAAAGACGGUGGAGAAAUGCUGGAAAUUCAUGGAUAAGGUGGUACGGUUAUGCCAGAACCCCAAGUUGGCUUUGAAGAACAGUCCUCCGUACAUCCUGGACCUGUUGCCAGACACCUACCAGCAUCUCCGCACUAUCCUAUCCCGCUACGAAGGCAAGAUGGAAACGCUGGGCGACAACGAGUACUUCCGCGUUUUCAUGGAGAACUUGACCAAGAAGACCAAACAGACCAUAAGCCUGUUCAAAGACGGCAAAGAGCGAAUGUUUGAGGAGAACUCUCAACCCAGACGGAACCUGACGAAAUUGUCGCUGAUAUUCAGUCACAUGCUCGCCGAGCUCAAAGCCAUCUUUCCCAAUGGCCUGUUUCAAGGGGAUAACUUCAGAAUCACCAAAGCGGAUGCCGCAGAGUUUUGGAGAAGGUCGUUCGGGGACAAGACCAUCGUGCCUUGGAAGGUGUUCCGGCAGGCCCUACAUGAGUUUCACCCCAUCAGCUCGGGCCUGGAGGCCAUGGCUCUCAAAUCCACCAUCGACCUCACCUGCAAUGACUACAUCUCCGUCUUUGAGUUCGACAUCUUCACCAGACUUUUCCAGCCAUGGUCAUCACUGCUCAGAAACUGGAACAGCCUGGCAGUGACUCAUCCAGGCUACAUGGCCUUUCUCACCUAUGAUGAAGUCAAAGCUCGUCUGCAAAAAUUCAUCCACAAGCCUGGCAGCUAUAUCUUCAGGUUGAGCUGUACGCGGCUCGGCCAGUGGGCUAUUGGUUACGUCACAGCCGAUGGGAAUAUCUUGCAGACCAUUCCACAUAACAAACCCCUCUUCCAGGCCCUCAUUGAUGGCUUUAGGGAAGGAUUCUACCUUUUCCCUGAUGGCCGCACACAGAACCCUGACCUCACAGGGCUGUGUGAGCCCUCGCCACAAGACCAUAUCAAAGUCACACAGGAGCAAUAUGAGCUCUACUGUGAGAUGGGCUCUACUUUCCAACUGUGUAAGAUCUGUGCUGAGAAUGACAAGGAUGUGAAAAUCGAGCCCUGCGGCCAUCUCAUGUGCACUUCCUGUCUCACAGCCUGGCAGGAGUCAGAAGGCCAGGGCUGCCCAUUCUGUCGUUGUGAAAUUAAGGGCACUGAGCCCAUCGUCGUUGACCCCUUCGAUCCCAAGGACCCCAAUAGUGGAGGCUCCUAUGGAGGCUGCAGGAGCAUGUUUGGGGCUGAGGGAGCCCCUUCGCCCAGCUACGACGAUGAUGAUGAUGAUCGCUUGGAGGACUCUCCUUUCAUGAUUAGCAAGCUGGUUGGUGCUAAAGUGGAGAGGCCACCCUCACCGAUGUCAGUUGCCCCUCAACCCGUCGUUCCCCCAGUACCUCCGAGGCUGGAUCUGAUUCCUCUCAGACCCACCAACCCUCCCGGGGCCUCUAGUCCAGGCGCCACGUCCAAGGCCGCAUCCCAUCACAAGGACAAGCCGUUACCGCUUCCCCCGGGCCUAAGGGACCUUCCGCCGCCUCCUCCCCCAGACCGACCACACCCAACCGGAUCAGACAACCGGCUCCCGAGACGCCCUCUUCCCAGUACGCCCGGAGAACCUCCUCGGGACAAACUGCCUCCUGCCCCUCCUAACCGCAACAUGCCAGACUGGAACUCCCGGCCCGUACCCAAAGCCCCAUCACAGCCACCAGCAAGUGGAGACUCCCGUGGGUCUCGAGAACUCUCAAACAGACACUCUCUGCCUCUCCAGCUGCCCUCCACUCUCGAUACCAGAGCAGAAGGCCAAAGAAACAACGGUCCCCCCAGCCUCGACCACCAGCUGAGUUUCGGGUCAUCCAAUCCUGGGUCAGAUUACGACAGCCCGAAAGUAAAGCCAUCUGCCUCGGCUAAUGCCAUCUAUUCCUUGGCAGUCAGGCCUCUCCCAGCAGUCAAAGCUCAGAACGAGGAGGACGUGUGUGAAAACGAUGAGGAGUCAGAGUACAUGACUCCAUCCUCUCGGCCAGCGCUGCCCUCUGCUGCAGGGGAAGCUGUGUCUAGGCUACCUCCUCCACUUUCCCUCAGUCCCAGGGGUAUGCUCAGUGAAAUGGAGUUAGAAAGCCCACAGAUGUACGAAGCUAUGUACAACAUCCAAGCCCAGGCCCUUACUCCCUCUGGACCACAUCAGGCCAGAGACUCAGAUUACUCUGAAUUGCCUCCUUUGACCUGCUCUAACGGCCCAAGGGAUCCUGUUGGUGCAUGUGAUGAUGAGGAGGAGGAGGAGAACAACUAUGACUAUCCUAAGCCCCUUAUACCCACCAACCUCGCCCGACGCACGCUUUCAGAUGUUAAUCCUACAUCUUCAGCCUUCAGCCGCCUUUCCAUAGACACUGAGCUUGGAGCGGCAGCACUCAUGGACCCCACUGAAGCCCCCGAGCGGCCUCCUAAGCCUAUUCCCCGUCGCAUCAACUCAGAUCGCAGGCCCAGCCCGGUUCCCCCUGGAGCGAGCCCAGGGCCCAACCAGCAGAUCAGCAGCGAGAUCGAGCACCUCUUGAGCCAGGGCUACUCCCAUCAGGACAUCCAAAAAGCCCUUAUGAUUGCACAGAACAAUAUUGAGAUGGCCAAGAACAUCUUGAGGGAGUUUGUGUCCAUCCCUUCCACUGCACAUAUCUUAACAUAGCGAAACUUCUAUGAGCAUCCAGUCGCGGCCCGGCCACGCUAGUCUAGCAUUCGUCUCGGACUCCAGAAGAAAGGAGCGCGAACUUGCGCUCUAACUCUAGCUCUAGUGACAGCGAGAGACACUUUCUCCGUAACACUUCUCGGAUUCUCUGUCCUCCUUCGUACAUCCGCAAGAACGAGGGGUUCGUUUCGGCCGCUUCUUCAACCUGAAGGCAGCGCAUUUCCCCUAAGGACAAAAAAGACAAAAACAUGUAUGUGUUUAUAUUUGAUUUAAUAUAUAAAUCAGAAUAUUGAGUAUAGUUAAUAUAUACACAUGUAUGUUGGAGAGGUUCAGCUGCACAGAUCAGGGUUUGUGAAGUAUUAGGCCUCGGAGUUCAGAUAGCUAAAGGGAGUUAAACAGGAGACUGCAGCCGAGCAUUUUCUGGCGUGAAAAAUGGCCUUUACUUGUCUUGCUUCGGUACAUUUUGUUUUCAAGUGUUUGAUUUUCAUUUUUCUUCUGUCUAGUAGCAUGCCGUACAUGUCAGUCCCCACAGCGCAGUCGCCCGUUUCAAAAAUACCGCUCAACCCAAAGCAACCUGUUCUCCGCUUGACCUUGACCUCCAGGGUACUGUGGAAAUUUUAUUUUUGAAGCGCAUGGUGGUGGCUGGCAUCGGAAAUGGGCUCUCCGUCAGCCUUUUUACGUCUGUGUAGCAUUACUGUAACUGUACUGUACCAUGAAUUCACUUCCCAAAAUGUUUAGGACAGCCAGUCCUUCAGAUUCCCAAUAGGAACAUGCUGAUGAAGGGUACAUGCAUCUGUUGUAAGUCGACAUGUAAUUUGUUUGCUCUAAUCUGAAUGUGUCAUUAAUAUGGUGGUCUCCGACUUUUGUGAAGUAGUGUGUUUACUAAAGAUUGUGUUCUUUAACAGAUAAAGGGCAAGAGGUUAUACAUGAAGUAAAACUGCUUAGUAAAAAAAAAAAAAGAAAGAAAAAAAAGAAGAAGUAUUUGCUUAAAAAGGUCCAAGGCCUGGCCAAGUUUCUGUAUUCGGUGGGGACUGAAAUCACUCUUGGGGAGGUUCGGACUCUUGUAUGAAGCUGUUCAUCUUAGAAACCAUUUCAUUUGAUCACCUUAAUAUAUUGUUAUUAUUAAUGUUAUUAUUAUUUUUUUGAUUUAUUGUUAUUAAUACAGAAGUGCUUUACUGCUGCUAUUAUUGUUAGUGCUAAACAAUUAAGCCUUAAAUGUACAUUUGUGAAUACUGUGUUUAACCCAUUUUAAAGUGACAGUAUCGGCUGUGUGUAAUUUGGUGAUGUAGCAUACUUGAAAUCAGAAGCAACUUGUGCAGGUGUGAGCCCAGCUGAUUUGUUCUGUGUGUGUGUGUGUGUGUGUGUGUGUGUGUGUGUGUGUGUGUGUGUGUGUGUGUGUGUGUGCACAUGGGAUUUCUUGUUUUCAUCCAGGUACGUUGCGUUUUGCUUGAAAUACAUACGUUUUUGUUUAUCGAAAUGGUGAUGUGUGUCACGGGGCUCAUCGCAGAAGGCUUUAUUUCUGUGUUUAGCCUGUCACCAAUUGGAUCGAUCUUUCAGCGGCAGCCCUGUUCAAGCCAUGAUCGCAGUGCCCAUAGUCCGCCUGCUGUUAGGGAGAAGGUUCUUCCCGAUCUCCCCUUUAUACUCAGGAAUACCAUGCAUUUCAACAGAAUCUACAUUAGUUACACCGUACUUUAAACCAGUGCAAGACAGUCUCGUUUUCAGGGUGAACACAGUGCUUUGAAGUCACUCUCAAUGACAUCAACAUCAAAUUAAUUAAUUCUGUGUUUCUUAAAGGGACAGUUCACAAAAAAAACUAAAUUGUCAUUAUUUACACGCCUUCAUGUUGGUCCAAUCCUCUAUGAUCUUUUUUUUUUUUUUAUGAUCUUUUUUCUCCAUACAAUGACUGUCAGUGGGAUCCAAAAUGAAAUUGGUCUUCCACUGACUUCCAUUGUAUGCAUAAGAUUUGUAAUUCACAAAAGAAAGUGAGUCAAAAAGCUUUGGAACAACAUGAGUGUUGUUAAAUUAUGCUCUCAUGAGUGUUAAUAAAUGAUGUUUUCAUUUUUGGCUGAACUAUGCCUUUAAUAUUUCCAGUUAUUGUUAUUGCACCAACACAUUUGAAUGCACUAGUAAUACAUUAAAGUGAGUUUGAGCCUCUCAUGUGGGACUCGAGGACUCGCCGACAUCAAAACUGGCCCAAUUUUAGUCCCUACUAGCCCCUAGUGAGAAUGUUGCACUGGGGUUGCAGGUACUUCCACAUCUCAGUCUUGUAGGUACACAUGCAACCUUGAAAGCUUACGAUCAGGCGAGCUGUUAAUUUUAAGUUGUAGGCUGUUAACUCUUGGUUUGUAGAUUCUGUUGCCUUGAAGCAAAUGAUGGUUUAGUACUGAUUUUUUUUUUUUUUUUACUGCACCAUAUGAAGUCUAGAGAUGAGAAGGUGAUGCAUUUUUUUUAUAUCUUUUCAUUUUACUGUACUACUAUUUCUUGAUGAUGAUGUGUGAUGGAUGUGUGAGGUUGUGUGUACAAUAUUUGGCACAGUGUACCAAUUUGUGCUAUGAUACUGUCACUUUAAAAUCAAGCGUGUAAAGUUACUUAUACAUAGAAUACGUGGAAAUGGCGAUGUUUUAUUUCGUUUUUGCAUUCCUGUACAUGUCAGAAUUUUAUUUUUGUUUACUGAUGUGAAUAUUACUGUGAGCAGUGCCAUAUGUUUAGAUAUGAUCGUAAUUUUGUUCUGCUACCCGGAAAAAGGCCUUGUUUAGUGUAAAGAGUGAAUGAUAUCCCUCAUGAAUUUUCGGGAAACGUUUUCAUUGUCGUUCAACGCUUCUUUGGCUUGGUCAGUGACAUCAUGGUGAAUAUCUGUCUGUUUACUGGAAUGUCUCGAUUCAAACCACAAGAGGGAGAGAGCUCCUCAUUUUGCCAUAACUUGCCUGAGUGUUUCAGGGUUUCUUUCUUUUGUGCUAAUUCUCAUAUCAGUUUGGAAGUAUGCACAGCGCUAUACUGUUAAUUAAAACAAUAGGACAAACAUCAUG